CAUCUAACGUAACAACAUCGAAUAUUGCGUGUGUCUAAUUCAAAGAUAUAUAUCUCAAAUAAUAAUAAUAAUAAACGAUAUAAAAAAUAUUAAGUAGAUAAUGUAGACGCCGCGGAGGUAUAUAAAAACACAUGAAGGUCAAGAAAUAAAGUUAGUCGAUCUCAAAUCUUGCUGCAAUUCGAAUUCAAUAAUCAACUCAAGCUUGCAAUUUAUUUUUUAUUCAUUCAUUUAUUUAAUUAAAUAAUUAAGUAUAAUUUAUCACAGUGAAAUUUAAUUAAAUAACGACAUAAAAUAAUACUUCACACCUUACAAACCACAAAAAAAUUUUAUUUUUUCGGAUGUGGAUAUAAAUUAGUAUAUAUCUAUAUAUUUAUAAAGAAGAAUAUAUAAAAAAAGAGAAUAAUUAUUUAAACAAGUUUGAGAAAAACAUCAGAAAAUAACAGCAACAAUAUGGAUUAUUUAAAUUUAGGAUUCCUUGCUCUCGAAUUACGCGACACAGUUUCAAAAACAUUGACAUCAAUAAAGAGUGAAUUGAAAUUAAGUUUAAAUGAACAAAAUCCAAUAGAAGUUCAAAAAAAUCCAAACAAUCAUAAUAAUGUCAAUACUAAUUUAAAAACAAUAACACUCGAAGAACUGUCGUGGCAUGACACAAUUGAUGACUGCUGGAUCGCAAUAUAUGAUUACAUCUACAAUUGCACUGAAUUUAUUAAAAAACAUCCUGGUGGUGGCGACGUUUUAAGUGAAUACGCGGGCAGAGACGGCACGCUUGCUUUUAUCAGCACAGGACACUCAAAAUUAGCUAAUAAUUUAUUAGAUAAGUAUCUGAUUGGUGAAUUACCUGCUCAUGAGCGACUUUUCCGUAGAGAAGACGGCAUUAAAAUAAUUAUGUCCAACUGAAACAUAUAUAUAUUUUUUUAUACUCAAGUAACAGAAAAAAAGAAAAAAAUUAUUUAUAUUACUGACACAGAAAAAAGAAAUUUUUUUAUUAAUUAUUAUUU